AUGACGGAAAUCAUCCUUCGAUCACCGGUCAGAUCGGUAGGGCGAUUCAGGUGCGUAUCGAAAGCUUUUUGCUCUCUUUUAACGGAUCCAAGGUUCGCGAAGAAUCACCUCGGUUUAAAUCUUCGAACGUUGAAUCGGAAAGUUAUCUUGUCUUUGAACAAUCUAUUCGCGGUUGAUAUCGAUUCGAUCGGCGAUGGAAGUGAAGGAAAUCGGAAAUUUCCUGCUGUUGAACUCGAUUACCCGCUUAAACAAGAACGUGAUCUCUUACCUGUGAUGAAAACCAGAACCGCCAGAUAUACGAUUUGGAGUGAUGCAGAGAUGGCUUACUCCGAUUAUGAUCAAAGCCGAGUUGUAGUCGUCGGAUCUUCGAACGGGUUGUUGUGUGUCUCUUCUGAUGACGACAUUGUCUUCUUGUAUAAUCCAACCACCGGAGAAUCCAAGAGAAUACCGGACUUGCCUGAAUCUAUGCGCCCUAAACUCGUGAAUAAGGACAUGGUAGCUUAUGAUAUACAUGGGUUUGGCUUUGAUGCUCUGAAAGAUGAUUACAAAGUGGUCAAGUUUGUUGUUAGUGGCAGCAUUGGCAACGUUCGCAACAAUGAGCUCGAAGCUAGUGUCUACUCUCUCAGGGCAGACUCAUGGAGACGGAUUUGUAAUCUGCGUUAUAAGCAUGUACAUCCUACUUCCGGUGUGCAUCUCAACGGCGCGAUACACUGGAUUGUUAAACUUAAAGAAGAUCCAAACAAGAGAGUGGUUGCAGCAUUUGAUCUUGAGACAGAGGAGUUCCGAGAGAUUCCGUUGCCUGAUGAGGCCGGGGAGUGUAACCAUCCGUUCAUGAAACUUGACGUCGGAUCUCUCAAAGGGAGUCUCUGUGUGAGCUACAGUUGCCAUGUGGUGCACGACGAUAUAUGGGUAAUGAAUGAGUAUGGCCUCCAGAGUUCGUGGUGUAAGAUUCGUAUCAGCAUUUUGUACACCUCCAUGAAACCAAUAUGCUCGACCAAGAAUGAUAAGGAAGUUGUUCUAAUGAUUGAUAGGAGCUUGGUCUUGUACAACUUUGAGUGCGAUACCUGGAGAGCUCUGAGAAUUCGCAAGGUUAAGCUCGGUGAUGGGUUUGAAGGUAAUACGUACGUAGAGAGCCUCAUAUCACCAAACUCAUAUGGGGUAGAGAGCUGA